AGCCAAUAGGAAUAGGUGAUCCCAAGAGGCUAGGAAUGAGGAGGAGGGGCUGGCGAAACUUGGAGGUGUGACUAGCACUACCGAGGCGUGGUCACAGAGUAAGCUCCUCCUCGGGUUGCCGAACCCCAAAGUAGAACUGAUGGGCGGGAUUAAGAUAGAACCAACAGCCAAACACAUACUUCUGAGAGAAGGCACGACCAAUUGGACCGGGGUAGUGAGGAGGGGCGUUGCGGAGAAUUUUAGCCAAUAAAGAGUAGAGAACGGCGGGGACUGUAGAACGUCUUCCAAUGAGAAGUGCGAAGGGCGUGCCUUGCCUCUUUCACUGGAGCGGGAGUAGGGUUCGCCCAAACCUCCCGGAGCCGACCAAUGAGAUCGGAGGAGGGGCCAAGCUCAGCCAACCAGCAAGCCGAAUUUAUCUAGGCACCGUUACUGGGGCGGGGCGUAGAGCUCCUGGCCACUAAGAUCUCGUCAGGGGCAGGCUCCCGAGCCUUCCAAUGCGGGACGUGGGCGAACUCUAGUUCUCCCAAUCGGUGCGCAGCGCUGGCAAUUCAAACUGACAGCCUGUUGGAAAGGCAGAGAGGGGAAGAGGGAGCAAAAAGCGACGUGUUCAGUGGCAGAGACACCAACGCCGACGGAGCCCCCAAAGCGACCUCUGCCCCGCCCCACCAACACCACCGCGAGCUCUGGAGCGGCCGCUCGGGAAAGAUUUGAGGGGACGUUGGGGGGCACGAAGGAAAGCUGAGGGGAGGGAGUCGCUAGAGGAACGACGCGAGAGCCCGCACGCUGAGGGCUGGGGACUGCCAGGAGAGAAGUGAAGCGGGCGGCCCGCGAAAGAGCAGAGCGGAGGAGGGUCGCGGGAGGAUUAAGGAGCACCCGGGAUUGCCCGGUGGGAAAAGCUGAGUGGAUUUCUGAAUCCUGGGGAGAGGAGAAAGAUUUCCAAAGAGGACGCGUGGGUAGGGACGCUUAGCCAGCGAUCCGUGAGAGAAAUUGGAGCGCUCCGAGGGAGGGGCUUAAGGGGGAAGCUUUAGAUAAAAGAGCCUGUACGGGAGAAGCUAAGGGAAUUGCAAAAGGAGCAGGAGCUAAAGAGUAGAGGAUCCUUCAGACUGGAGAAAGGGAAAACUAGAGAAGUUCCCGAGGCACCUUGCAGCCUGCCUCCUCCCCACUUCAAACUCCUCUCCCUUCCCCGAAAGUUAAAGAGAAAGCCAAGGCUGCUGCUUCUCCCCUGUUUCUACUCAAUAAAUACUACUUUUACCCUCCCACGGGAAAACAGAAAAGAACUCAUUUCCUUCUCAAUUUUCGGGCUUAGAAAAGAUCGAGGCAUCGCAAUUUGAUUUUUAGCUUGGGAGAAUCAAACUAGGGAGGGUAUUGCUCUAUUUUCAAAGUCCCUCACCUCAUCCUUCCCCGGACGCCAUGUCUACGAGCAGCUGUAGUUUCAAUGACUGGCGCGUGUCCAUCCUGUGUUGCAAAUUCUGUAAACAAGUGCUCAGCUCUAGGGGAAUGAAGGCUGUUUUGCUGGCUGACACUGAAAUAGACCUUUUCUCUACAGACAUCCCUCCUACCAAUGCAGUGGACUUCAUUGGAAGAUGCUAUUUCACUGAAAUUUGCAAAUGUAAACUGAAGGACAUCGCAUGUCUAAAAUGUGGGAACAUUGUAGGUUAUCAUGUGAUUGUUCCAUGUUGUUCCUGCCUUCUUUCCUGCAACAAUGGACACUUUCGGAUGUUUCACAGCCAGGCAGUUUAUGGUAUUAACAGACUAGACUCUACUGGUGUAAACUUCCUACUUUGGGGCAACUUGCCAGAGGUAGAAGAGAGUACAGAUGAAGACAUGUCAGAUAUCUCAGCAGAGGAGUGUAUUAGAUGAAUAGAAUUAUAAUAGAUAUAAUAUUUAAACUUUUUCCUAUGUAAAAAAUAUAUUAAUGGACCAAUUCAAAAAUUGUUAGUAAGGAUUUGCCAGUGAUUUAUUUUUUUGGAAAACAAAAAUGGGGCAUUUGUUGAUUUAUUUAUUUUCUGUCUCAAAUUAAUUACCUGAGUUUACUGAACCAAUGUAGUCCUUUUCUUCUACUUUUUUUUUUUUUUUAAUUAUUUUCCCUUUAUUUAUUUUAUUUAUUUAUUUAUUUAUUUAUUUUUGGCUGUGUUGGGUCUUCGGUUCGUGCGAGGACUUUCUCUGGUUACGGCAAGUGGGGGCCACUCCUCAUCGCGGUGCGGGGACCGCUCUUCAUCGCGGUGCGCGGGCCUUUCACUAUCGCGGCCCCUCCCGCUGCGGGGCACAGGCUCCAGACGCGCAGGCUCAGUAGUUGUGGCUCACGGGCCCAGCUGCUCCGUGGCAUGUGGGAUCUUCCCAGACCAGGGCUCGAACCCGUGUCCCCUGCAUUAGCAGGCAGAUUCUCAACCACUGCGCCACCAGGGAAGCCCUCUUCUACUUCUGCUUCUACUUCUACCCUUCCUCUCUCCAUCCCUCUUCCCAGUAUAGGUGUACUCUUAAAUUCAGUUAGUAGAAGAAUCUUUCAUGUGUCACUCAACUAUCUCCCAAUCUGGGGACGGUUUUCUUACAACUAGAUGCCAGAUGCUAUUAAUAUUACAUUCGAAUAAGGGGCAUUAGUAUCCACACAUAUAUCACCAUGCUUAUAUCCAUGCAUAAAUCUAUGCAUAUAACCAUGCAUAUAUGUGUGAAGCACAGCUGGGAAUUAAAGCUUAACAGGGACUUUUUAAAAAUAGGCUGUUAGGUUUCCAUGGGUACUGGUUAUCAUAUGUUAUAUUGGUGAUAACUAUGUUAAUAUGGAACACGACUUUGUGAAUGUAUGGGGAAAUCCUCUUGAUUCCUCAGCAUGAUUUUAGAUAAAUGAAUUUGCCAGGAAAUUAUCAAUAUAUACUGUUUACUAAUAUUAUUUAUUUACAUUCUUCUAAAGUCAUAUGGAUAUUGUAUUAUGAAAACCAAAUAACCUCCAUCUUUAAGUUUUCCCAUUCUCCAGGGCUUUCUCUGUGAAUAGCAAAUUUUAGAUGAGUAGUCUCAGUCCUAACCCUUAAAUAGAAAAAAAUUAAAGAAGUGGUUUGCUUAAGCCAUUGUACAUUAUAAAGAAGGUUUUUUAAAUUUUGUUUUGCUUUGUUUUGUUUUGUUUAUCUGCAUUCAGAGCCACACAGGGAUAAGAAGCUGGGAUAGUGUUGGAUUCUUGUUUUAUGAAAAGUUAAAAGUCAAUGUAUCACCUUAACUAAUAUUUUAACCAAAGGCAUUUUGUCAAUAGUAAUACCAAAACAGAGCAAGUUACAGUUUUGUAAAUAAAGUUUUGUUCUAAAAAUGA